AUGGAGACGAGGGCGAGCCGACGCAGCGGCGCUGUGGCUGCAGCGGCCGAAGCCGAGUGGACGGCCAUGCUGGCGGAGCUGGCCGAGUGGAAGGAAGAGAACGGGGGCAGCAUGGCCUCGCUAACAGACGAAGAUGGAGGAAGCAAGAAAAGGGGCAGCAAGAAGCCAAAAAUCUCGAAAUUGGGGAGAUGGGUGGCCGAGAUGAGGAAAGAGAAGAAGGAAGGCAGGCUGUCGAAGGACAAGGAGGACAAGCUCAACGAGAUCGGCUUCGAGUGGGGCGGAGGAGAGGAAGGAGAGACGAUGGACGCCAGCAAGAUUGCGACAGCAGAGGGAGAAUCUUCGACCGAUAACGUUGCUGAUGGAGAAGGAGAGGCCAAAAAUCAGAAGAAGCGACGACGCAAUCCAUCGCGGAAUGCAAAGAAACUGCACAACGACUUCAUCGAGGAGGCAUUCUUUCAAGGAGAGCUCACGCAAGAGGGUGGCGAUACGGCGAAAUCGCGAGGAGACGCGGAUGGGGCGAAGAGGAAGGCGAAGAAGAGGAAGGUCGGCGAUCAGCAAUGGGAGCAGAAAUUCGAAGAGCUCGUUCGAUUCAAGGCGCAGUACGGCCAUUUCCGCAUUCCGGUGAAAGAGAUGCCGCUACUUAAGUACUGGGCGCAGAACCAGAAGAUCACCUAUCGCAAGGGCAAGCUGUCCGAGGAGCGACGGGUCCGCCUCGAAUCGGUUGGAUUCCACUGGGGAAAGCAGCGCAAGGGCGACACACCACAGAAGGGGAGCGAUCGACAAGCCGUCGCGGCCAAGACGCCAUCUGCAGCUCACGGGCGGCUGACGUCGGCGAGCGGCGCCAAGGUGGGAGGCGAGGCGGAGGGCGACGGCAGCAGCGGCGACGAGGACGAGGAGUACGAGGACGAGGACGAAGAGCAGCAGGAGGUCGCCACGACCGACACGUCGGCUGCAUCGAGCAAGAAGAAGGCUGCCAAGGAAGGCAACGUCACCACUUCCUCUUCUUCCUCUUCCGCUUCACCUUCGUCAACAGCCACCACACCCAGCAACGGUGCCAGCAACGCUGCUGCGCGCGGCGCGGCCAACCCGUCGCCGAUGUACGGCCAGCCCAAGCCGAGCAUUCUCACAACAGUCGCCACACACAGCAACCCGUCCUACAUCCAUCCACCCACCACAUCGCAGUUCGGCAGCGGCAAGGACCACCGGAUGACGGCCGUGGUCGCGGGCAGCAACAUGAACGGCCCCGCCGCCCCGAUGGUGGAUCGAUUCCUCACGGUGCGAGAGGCGAGGGAGUACAUUUUUUCGCGCAUCGAAGUGCUCGAGCGACGACAGGAGGAGACGCACCGACACAUGCUCGAGCUGCGGCAGGCGUUCAAGGGCAUGGAGCGAUUCAUCAUGCAGCACUUUGCCCGAGAGCGCGAGAUGGCCGAGCGGACGCGGAGCAUGUGGGCCCCCGCCGCGCAGCCGCUCUACGGCCACGAGACGCAGCCACCAUCGAUGGCCGCCGGCAUCGGCGGCCAGGGGUACUCGGCCUACCCCACAGGCGGGCCCGUAGCCGCGGGCUACCCCUACUAUCCGCAGCAGGCGCAGCCACACCCCCAGCAGCAACCGCCGAUCGACCCGACGAAGGAGCGCGAGCGGAUGGUCAAUGCUGGCUACCUGCCGCCGCAGCAGCACCAGCCACACACGGCCCCCUAUCCAUACUCCUACCCUCCUCCCGCCGGCGCGCCAUCUCCGCCGGUGGGCGUUUCAUCCCAGAACAUGCACGGCGCGCCGCACAUGUCGCCCGCGCUCGGACCGAGUGGAGCCUACACCGGCGUACUCCCGCACAGCGCGCACAACCCCUACCAGAGCCUGUCGCCGCACGCCGGCCAUCCGCAGGCCCGCUCGCAGCAGCCGCACCACCACGCCCUGCCCCCGCACCACCCCACCUCCACCUCCGCAUCGACCAUGCCCGCCUCGCACCAGCCCGGCUUCUACCCACCGCCGCACCGGGCGUCGCCCGUCAUCGGCUCGCCCAUGCCGGGCGGCUGCUCGCCCGAGGCCGUGCAGACGCCCGAGGCCCACGGCCUGCACUUCCCGCGCACCCCGAACGCGCCGUCGGUCACCUCCGUCACGCCCAUCCCGCCCUCCAUCGUCCACCAGUACCCGCCGCCCGAGGAGGUGGCCCCGACACUCAGCCCGCCGCGGCCGCGCCUGGGCGACUUCACCCUCUCCGGCCUCGACCCCGUCGGCGCCGCCUUCCCCUUUCUCGACGAGAACGACGAAGACGACGGCAGCGGUGGUGGCGGCGGCGGCACGAGUGCGGUCUCGGGCGCGGCGUUGUCGCGGCUGGACCACCUGCGGCACCACCACGCGGCGGGCGAGGAGGACGGCGGUGCGACGGAGACCGACGAGAAUGGCGAGGAACUGCUCAAGCAGCUCGACACGUUCUGCUGA